GCGUCGCCGCAAGCAACCAUGAAGCUAAAGGAGAAAAAAUCAAAGCCAAACCCAUCAAACCUUGGCAAAUUUAAGACAAAGGGGAUCAAAGUUGUGGGAAAAUGGAAGCAGGUGAAGAUUGACCCAAAUAUGUUUGCAGAUGGACAGAUGGAUGACUUGGUGUGUUUUGAGGAACUUACAGAUUACCAGUUGGUCUCCUCUGCCGAGAAUUCCUCCAUUCUUUUCUCUAAGGAGAAACCCAAGAAGAGAAAGGCACAAGCUGUUUCAGAAGGAGAGGGGGAAGGAGAGUCUAGCUCCUCAAAGAAAAAGAUGAAGUUAAAGAGUAAAGAUGUGGAAACUGAAGUAACCAGUGCCCAGAAAGAAGAUAAAGUCAAAGAUGCUGAGCCAGAGCCCCAGGAAGAUGACACCGUGAGUCCUGAUCCCAUGGUAGGGGAGAUGGCAUCAGGAAGCGUUGUCCAGUCUCUUCCAAAAAAGAAGAAAAAGAAAGAGAAAAAAAUAAAGGAACCUUCCCAGGGCACUACUACCAAGGUGCCCAAAAAAGCAAAGACAUGGAUGCCUGAAACGCGUGACCAGAAGGCGGAUGUCUCAGCUUGGAAGGACCUCUUUGUACCCAAGCCGGUUCUCCGAGCGCUCAGCUUUCUAGGUUUCUCUGCACCCACACCGAUUCAAGCUCUAACAUUGGCACCGGCCAUCCGUGAUAAAUUGGACAUCCUGGGAGCCGCUGAGACAGGAAGUGGGAAAACGCUGGCUUUUGCCAUUCCAAUGAUUCAUGCAGUGCUGCAGUGGCAGGUGAAGAAGCCCACCCUACCUCCAAGUAACACUGGAGAAUCACCUGAAGAAACCAAAAUGGAGACAGGAACCAAGUCUGGGCCACCAAACAAAACUGAAACUGAAUCUGGAGCUUUGCCUGAUGCACUUGGAAUUGAGAGUAAGGUACUGCCUAGUGAGACUGGAAUGAAGGCAGCCAAGACUGGCACUAUGGUUUUUGACAGGAUGCUGCCCUUCUCUGAUGACGAUGCUGGUGAAGGACCUUCUUCCCUAAUCAGGGAGACACCGGCAUCCUGUCAGGAUGGAGACAGUGAGGAAAAGCUUCAUGAAGAGAGUAAUGGAAAGUCAAGACAAGGGUUGGAUGACAAAAUUGCCACCUGUAAAGCACAUUCAAAACGUCCUCUGCUUGGCCUGGUUCUGACUCCCACUCGAGAGCUGGCUGUUCAGGUCAGACAACACAUUGAUGCUGUGGCGAAGUUUACAGGAAUUAAAACUGCUAUUUUGGUUGGUGGAAUGUCCACACAGAAACAGCAAAGAAUGCUGAACCGCCAGCCUGAGAUUGUAAUUGCCACACCAGGACGACUAUGGGAACUAGUUAAAGAAAAGCACCCUCAUUUGAGCAACCUUCGGCAGCUUAGGUGUCUUGUGAUUGAUGAGGCUGAUCGGAUGGUUGAGAAAGGUCAUUUUGCUGAGCUCUCACAGUUGCUAGAGAUGCUCAGUGACUCCCAGUACAACCCAAAGAGACAGACACUUGUUUUUUCUGCCACACUGACUCUGAUACAUCAAGCUCCUGCUCGAAUCCUUCACAAGAAGCAUACUAAGAAAAUCGACAAAACUGCCAAACUUGACCUUCUGAUGCAAAAGAUUGGCAUGAGGGGCAAGCCUAAGGUCAUUGACCUCACAAGGAGCGAAGCUACUGUAGAGACACUGACAGAGACCAAAAUCCAUUGUGAGACUGAUGAAAAAGACUUAUACCUGUACUAUUUCUUGAUGCAGCAUCCAGGCCGCACUUUAGUGUUUGCCAAUAGUAUCUCCUGCAUCAAACGCCUCUCUGGGCUGCUCAAAGUCCUGGAUAUUAUGCCACUGACACUGCACGCCUGCAUGCACCAGAAGCAAAGACUCAGAAAUCUGGAACAGUUUGCCCGUCUGGAAGACUGUGUACUCCUGGCAACAGAUGUGGCAGCUCGAGGCCUGGAUAUUCCUAAAGUCCAGCAUGUCAUCCAUUACCAGGUCCCUCGAACCUCAGAGAUUUAUGUCCACCGAAGUGGUCGAACUGCGCGUGCCACCAAUGAAGGCCUCAGCCUGAUGCUGAUUGGACCGGAAGACAUGAUCAACUUUAAGAAGAUUUAUAAAACCCUCAAGAAAGAUGAGGAUAUCCCAUUGUUCCCUGUGCAGACAAAGUACAUGGAUGCAGUCAAGGAGCGAAUCCAUUUAGCUAGACAGAUUGAGAAAGCUGAAUAUCGGAACUUCCAGGCUUGCCUUCACAACUCUUGGAUCGAGCAGGCAGCAGCUGCCCUUGAGAUUGAGCUGGAGGAAGAUAUGUAUAAGGGCGGAAAAGCUGACCAGCAUGAAGAACGACGGAGACAAAAGCAAGUGAAGCUCCUGAAGAAGGAACUGCGCCAUCUGCUCUCCCAGCCGCUGUUUAAAGAUGACCUAAAAACCAAGUAUCCUACUCAGUCUGGCAGACUGCCUGCACUCAUGUCUGCCCCAAAAAGUGAGUCUGCUUUGAGCUGCCUUUCCAAGCAGAAGAAGAAGAAGAAAAAGAAGCCAAAACAACGUCAGUCACAGCCAGGUACAAGUGCAGAUUAACUGCCCUGGUCAAAGUCUGUUGGUGACCACAGUGUCUGUUCCCUGUCAACCCCAGGUAUAAAAUUCUUCUGCCGCCCAUAGAGGGGAGAGCUCGUGUAGGUUUGUGUUGCUUGAAGUAAGAAUUUCAUGAGCAGCUUAAGUUAUUUCUUAUUUCAGUGUUUACAGGCUUCCUGUACGUUCAGCUUGGUUUCCUGAAUUAAAACUAUCAGUUGAACCAGA